UCGGGAAAGUGUCGAGCCACUGUCACCCACAAAAAAUGGCCGCUGUUUAGAAAAACGUGGAAGACAACGGAGUUUUAAAAGAAAGUAUGGAGUCAGCAGAGGACAAAAAACCAGAGGAAAUAGUUCCUUUAACUUUGGAAAUAUUGCCAAUGAUUAAGGAAGUGCAACAACAACAUGGUUUGAGACAUGGCGAUUAUCAAAGAUACAGACAAUACUGUGCUCGCAGGUUGAGGCGACUGUACAAGGUAUUACACUUUACUCAGGGAACACGUAACAGCGUCAAGCCUAAGAGAGUUGGUGAAGAUAAACUGACUGAUGUCAGGUAUCUUCAUGUUGUUCUCAUCAAUGCUGAGCGAGCCUGGAGCUAUGCUAUGGAACUGAAGUUGCUUGCAAAUACUGAACCAAGAAAGAGGUUUCACAUGUUACGAAGGCUGGGUAAGGCUACCCAACAUGCUAAAGAACUGAAGAAAUUAAGUGAGUCCGAACGAUGUGAUCCUCGCACAAAGCUUGAAGCUCAGGCUUACUGCUGCUAUAUGCUUGGCACUUUGAAGUUUGAAAUGCAACAGUGGAAGGAGGCAUUGGAACUAUUUGGUGAAGCAAGGACAAUUUAUGAGAAACUUGGGAGUGCUUUCUCAGAAGAACAGCAGAAUUUCUACCAGCAGAAAGCGGAUGAGAUCUCCCCAAAUAUCAGAUACUGUGCCUAUAACCUGGAUGAUGGGAAUGUGGAUAUUAAUGAGCUGAUGAAAAUGAGAUUCACCCCGGGCUCUGGUGCCCAAGAUCUUCUAGCUGAUAAACUUGAUAUGGUCAUAUCUCAAACACGAGAGAAACAGGCCAGUUCAUUGACGGAGAUUACGUGGAAAGGAAAAUCAGUUCCGGUCAAAAAUGAGCAAGUUCGUUCAUUUAUUCUUCACUCAAAUGAAAGUCAACAGGAAGUUGAAAGAGCUGGAGACUUUGAAAAUAAAAUGGCUGUUUAUGAUCAAUUGUUGAUGGAGUGUAAGGAUGGCUUGCAGAGUCUAAAAGAUGAGAUGAAACCAGACCAGGGUAAAUCCAAAGCUCCGAAAACUGAAGCUCACCUGGCGAAUCUAGAAUUCCUUCAUUCAUAUCUUGUCUACAUACGUCUUACAAAGACAGUUGAACGGAAUCUGUUGAUGGUUGACUCGUUGAAAAGUAAUUUCCCUCGAGUUCUGUUGCAGUCAAAUUAUACUGAUGGCUCACAAAGUGGAACUGGAUCCUCCUCAAAGAAAAUCACCAAGCCUGAAGACCUUGUUCGGAUAUAUGAUAUUAUAUUACAGAAUUUGACAGAUAUUGAGGACCUUCUAGAAGAUGAUGAGUCAACUUUAAGUCAGAGAAUUGCAUCUCAGAAAAGUUUGUUCAAAGCUCAUAGAUGUUUGUACAUAGCUCAUAGUUACCUGGUGUCAAAGAAAUGGAAAGAAGCAACUGCAUUAUAUGAAAGAGUUUUGAAAUAUGCUGAAGAAGCCAGUUCUUUAUAUGGGAAACUACCCAAUGAGCAGGAACGUAUAUCAGAGAUUGGUGAACUAACUGCUCAAGCACAAGGUCAUAUGUAUGCUGCACACGCUUCAUAUCUUCUUGACAUUGAUGAUACUGAUGAGAAGAUGAAAGGAUUGACCAUUCAUGAUACUCCAUUGCAAGAACGACUUGAUGUGUAUGAUGAUAAACCUAUCAAUAUGAAGAAACCUAAUAUAACCCACUUCCCUCCAAACUUUGAACCAAUUCCUUGUAAACCAUUGUUCUUCGAUUUGGCCUCCAACCAAAUGCAGUUUCCUUCGCUGUCGCAUCGGAUGGAACAGAAGAAAACUAGUGCUGGCAUUACUAAUUACAUCAAAGGAUGGUUUUGGGGUGGAAGUAGCUAAUACCAUAAAUAUUAUACACUGGAUAAAUUUUGUACCUUUGUAUGGUAUAGUAUAGUUUUGGUGAAUGAAUUAGUUACUCUGUUGAAUGGUAUUUUAGAAAUUAUUAUUCAUUUGUCUUUAAAAAUGUCUUUCAAUUUGUAACUACAUAAGCUAGUAAAUUGCUAAAAGAAAUAAAUAAAA